CAAGUGUCAAUUUUAAAGUAAUUUUAUCGUUGUGCACCGCUUUGCGUUUUCAUUGUUUAUUUCUAUAUAAACAUCUCUGGGAAGAAAACGAAAAUAAAAAAGGAAGAAAAGAACCAAACAUGUUGGAGUUGUGGGACAUGUUAUGCUUGUUCAUUAUAGACAUUGCUCUAUAUAUCAUAACUAUGCCUGAUUUGCCUAUAUGGGUUUUUUUGCUUUUUACGUUGUUACUUAUAAAUCAACCUCUCACAAGAUAUGCCGUGGUUAUCUUCAACUAUAUUGCCAAGUGUUAUUUAUUCCCAUAUUGCGACGAAUGGCUGACAAAAAUGGAAAAUAACCAAUAGGCCUUACAAAAUAUUAUUUUUAUUU